CAGAGUCAACAACGUUGGCAUUUUGCUUAAAACCGGCGUGGUUAUAGACAAUUAAACUAAUACAAAAAUUGAAAGCAAUUGAAAGCCACAUCUGUAUUAUUUCACAUCCUCUCUGAUCCUCUCCCUGAGUCCCUGACUCCCAGUCAAUUGAUACUCCAAAUAAUUAUUUAAUUAUUAAGUGCCAAUUGUUUUUUAUUUAAAUAAUUAAAAUGAGGGCUUUUGUUCUUUUGGCAAUUGGCCUUGCUGUUGUUUGUCUAGGAUCUGCUGAGAAAAAUGAUCUAAAAAUCACUGACGUGGUAUGGUUUGAUAUUGCACUCGGAGAUGAAAAAUUAGAACGUAUUGAAAUUGGUCUUUUUGGUAAAACUGUACCAAAAACAGUAAGAAAUUUCGCUGAACUUGCUAAGAAAAAAGAAGGUGAAGGAUACAAAGGAUCAAAAUUCCAUCGUAUUAUCAAGGAUUUCAUGCUUCAAGGUGGUGAUUUCACAAGAGGCGAUGGAACUGGAGGACGCAGUAUUUAUGGUGAAAAAUUCGCUGAUGAAAAUUUCAAGCUCAAGCAUUAUGGUGCUGGAUGGGUAUCAAUGGCUAAUGCAGGAAAAGACACAAAUGGAUCACAAUUUUUCAUUACAACAAAGCAAACAUCUUGGCUUGAUAAUCGUCAUGUUGUUUUUGGAAAAGUCCUCAAAGGAAUGAAAUCAGUUAGAAAAAUUGAAUCAACCAAGACUGACAACAGAGACAAACCAGCAAAUGACGUUGUCAUUGUUGAUUGUGGACACAAAAAAUUACCUGAAAAUGAGCAGUUCAUAACAACACCAAAACCAUCAGAAGAAUAAUCAACAAAACAUUCCUUUAAUAUUUUUUUUUUUUUUGCUUUUCUUUAAUCUAAUUUUUUUUCUAUCUAUAUUUUUUUUACGACUAGUUAUCUAGUUGAAACAAUAUAAAGCAAUUUUAAUGUUUAAAUAAAUUGAUAAAAAAACUAAAAAAUAAACACAAU